AUGAAGAGAAUCAACAUGGCUGGCGGGCAACUGAAAGCGCGCGCGUGUACCGCCGCGUUAGGUGGUGUGCUUGGUUCUACGAGUACUCGACUCGAUCGACUGUAGACCGAGACUCGAGUUCAGUACCCGGUUGACAGCCGGUGAGGCGGCGGCGUGACGUGGUGUUCCAAGCGUGUUAUACGCGCACGCCGCCUCUGCGCGAUUUUCUAUAAAUUGUAAAUAAAUUUUGUAUACAAUGAAGAAUAUUAACUGUUCAGCAUGUGAUUACCUAUGCUGUUUUUAAAACAAUCUGUAAUAGUGUUGUUUAUUUAUACGGAACACGUUAUGUAGUGUCUUUGAUACGAACUAGGGAGUAACGAAUCGCGUAAUUCACAAUCAAAACACGGUAUUUAUUUAUUGAAUGACGUAUUAAGGGAUUAUACAUGCGUUUUAUGUUGUGUGCUUGCUUACUCGUUCUAAUUUUAGUGUGCAUCAUUGACUGAUUUCGAUGGAUAAAAACAAAAAAGUGUUGUGGAUGAUUUUGUAUAAAUCCUCCGAAGUGUUAAAAAAUCUAAGUGGAAUUUGAUGAUUAUAAUAAAAUAAUCAACAAUGGCGGACCGAGAACGUCCUGCGAAAACCCCUAUUAGGGUGGGUUUUUAUGACAUCGAGAGGACCAUUGGCAAGGGAAAUUUUGCCGUCGUUAAGUUAGCACGACAUCGAAUAACGAAGACUGAGGUAGCAAUUAAGAUAAUAGAUAAAUCACAAUUAGACGCCAGCAAUCUUCAAAAGGUCUACAGAGAGGUGGACAUCAUGAAGAGACUGGAUCAUCCUCAUAUUAUUAAGCUUUACCAGGUCAUGGAGACGAAGAACAUGAUCUACAUAGUUUCUGAGUAUGCAAGCAAAGGCGAAAUAUUUGACUACAUCGCGAGGUACGGCCGCAUGGCUGAGCAGGCUGCGCGGCGCAAGUUCUGGCAGAUCCUCUCUGCUGUGGAGUACUGCCACGAGAGGCGAAUCGUUCACAGAGAUCUCAAGGCGGAAAAUUUACUUUUGGACGCGAACAUGAACAUCAAGAUUGCGGAUUUCGGGUUCAGCAACUACUAUGCGACGGGAGAAUUGCUCGCGACGUGGUGUGGAUCCCCUCCCUAUGCUGCCCCCGAAGUCUUCGAGGGCAAGAGGUACACCGGCCCAGAAAUUGAUAUAUGGAGUCUCGGCGUGGUGUUAUACGUGCUCGUAUGUGGGGCACUGCCUUUCGACGGCUCCACUCUUCAGUCAUUAAGGGACAGAGUGCUCUCCGGCAGAUUUAGGAUACCAUAUUUUAUGAGCGAAGAUUGCGAGUCAUUGAUUCGCAAGAUGCUUGUUUUGGAGCCGAUGAAGAGGUACACGAUAGAGCAGAUCAAGAAGCACAGGUGGAUGGCAGCGGAGCCCUAUGCUGUGCCUGUGGUAUCGGCAGACCCAGCCCGGAGCCCCGCGCAUGCACCCGCGCAUAACGAGCCCAAUGACCAAGUGCUGAGGCUCAUGCAGAGCCUAGGAAUAGACCCCAUUAAAACCAAAGAGAGCCUCAGGUCGAAUAGCUAUGACCACCAUGCGGCCAUAUAUCUGCUUCUACUAGAGAGGCUAAGGGCCCGAGCUGCAAGCGGGGCCAGUGUGUCAACCGUGGAAGCUCGUACUAGGCCAUCACGCCGACCAUCCUCAGUGGCGGACCAAGCAUUAGCCAAAGAAGCUCAUGAUGCCAGACGAGAACAUCACACUAGAUUACUUCAUGCUGGGGAUUCUCAAUCAAGGGAUUACAAUAGAGCCACACCGACAAUAUCCGCUGCACCGGCGGACUCAUCGUCUGCCGAAACGCAGCGACUAUUGUCUCUCGCGGCCGUCAACAUGACUGAACAAAGACUGCUCCAGCGAAACUCCGACCCCUCGGAUACGCACCGGAGCUUUCUCGUCAGUAACCUUGAUGCUAUCUCCAGAAGUCAUGAAUCAGAAUCAACUAGACUACUAUCCAUGAGAAAUAUUGAUGUGACUCAAUCAAACCAAAGGCUAGGUGCUAAAGUUAACGAGCCUACUAUACCCACACAUAGGCUCCUCACCUCAACCUACGAACAACAACAAAACAUACUAAAACAAUCGAGCGAAGACUGCCGACGGCUAUUGCAGCAGUCGACUACUGUAGGGCCUGAAACUAGCAAAGGUACUAUCGACGGUACUAGACUGCUUACUUCGUCUAGUUUUGAUUCAAAGUGUGCUAUUGAUGGUGGAAGAAGUUCUUCAGCGACUGAUCAUAACGCCAUAGCGAGUUUUCUACAAAAUUCGGCUUCAGCCACUAAUUUCAAUGUUGAUACUAUGAAGUUACCUAAUUCAACUACAUUCACUAUGUGUUCCGAAGCAGCUAAACUUAUGAAUACCUUACAACAGUCACCUCUACCUUUAAAGGGAACUGUGAACCUAAGCACAAGCCCCAUCCCUUCACAGCUUGGUGAAUCCAAACUCAGCAGCGUGUUAGAACAACCAAAGCCUCUGGAAUCCACAAGGCUUGUGUCACAAGCGCAACAACAAGACCUCAAUCGUCUUCAAACUAGUACUCCUCCAUUUAAAGAUUACAUGAAUCAUCAUCUUCCUGCCUAUGCAUAUUUACAAAAUUCCGUUCUGCCUCCGAUAUCGAGCACAGCUGAUGGCAAUUUUUCUAUGUCUACUGCAGGCACCGGUGAUUUAUUUCCGACCGGACUAUACAGACCAGACAGCAAAUUUUCUCUUAAUCGAUAUACAACGGGACAAACUUAUUCCCAAAAUCUUCAAGGUAGCGGCAAUACGACAGAGACGACAAAAUUUCAACAACAGUAUUCUUCAUCGACCGACGAAGGCUGCGAGACAGAUAUGGAGGACGUCGCGAACGCAUCAAGCGUUCAAAACAGACUGAGCUCGUACGCAAGCUCAAGCUCUAGCAGCGGAGUAGUCACAUUUUUUAACAACAAAAGUCUAAGUCAAAACCUGAGUUGCGAUUCGUCACAAAGUAAUUUUUCAACGUUUGAGAGCUUGGAUUACCAAUUGUCAGACUGUUCCAGUGAGUUAGCUAGUAGCCUGCCAAGCUGUACGUCUAAUGAAGAAAAAUUGGCCUACGACAAUAAUUCCCUCGUGAACACUAGCCCGAUGCACCCAUGCGUUUACAUAUCGUCUUACAACAAUAAAACUCCGGGCGUGGGAUUCAUUGCGAGACACAAUCCAUUGAACUACCAAUCAGUCAAUAAUAAGAAUUGUCCUCGAGCAAUCACGCGGAGUCCGGUUGACUUUCGGGAAGGUCGUCGGGCAAGUGACGGCCUUGUAGCACAACAAGCUGCUCAGUCCAAUGAAUCACAAAAGAAUAGUCUUGCUUUUAAUAGCCAGCGGUUGAAUGAAAACUGUAAGGCUAAAGGGGUUUUGGAACUACACCUUGUGCAAAAAGAGGCCCAAAAGUUGAAAACUCAGUACCAGUCAACGAUACCGGCAGAAGAGAUGACACAGAGACAAAUACAACAUAAUCAGUUCGCAGCAAGUUUCAGUCCACACUACUUAGAGACAAAAGCACCGACUCCUAAGCGUAUCAGCCUUCCCGAAACCUUUAACUAUUCGAGCACAUCGCCACCUAUGCCAGCCAGCCCCAAAAUGGUAGCACAAUUACAGGACCAAGUAGAGUUGCAACACGCUACCUCACAAGUCAAACCUCCUUUGCAACAGCAGCUUAUGCAACACAGACUGUUCCAACAAAAGCGACAGCUAUUACAGAAACAAAUGACUCCACCUAACAUCCCCUCUCACGAGAUGGGCAUUCACACUCUGCAAGUGGGCCUCAGCAGACGACAAAUGCUACGGCAGCAAAGUUACAAGAUAGCACAGCAACAACAAAUCCUACCGCCCUUGCCAUUAACGGAAACGGAGAAUCGAGAUUUGCUCGCCUUCCAAGCUUUAGUGGAAGGGCCGAACAGAACACCGAAACACAAGUCCGAUGAAAGCCAAGAGGAGCCGAAGUUCGCAUAUCAAGGAUCGAUGGAGAUCAGCAUCAUGAAUAAGGAAAGAUUGGGUAACGAGAAUUGGUCGAACUUGCCGUCGAGCCUGCAGAGCGCGUGCCAGAUCUCGGAGCUGGCGGGGCGGCGCGAGGCGCGCGAGGGCGAGGGCGAGGCGGCGGCGGGCGCGGACGCGGCGCUGUGGCCGGCGCAGUGGAACGCCUCGCUGUUCCAGCCGCAGCCCUGCUUCCAGGUAUUCCAACAGAUCAAUUAGUAGUACUCCACGUAAAGAGUAGUGCUGUAGAUUUUGUAGUGUGCAUAGCGUAAACACGACGUCGACUCUGAUCUCUGGGUAUGAAACCUUCGGUUUCCAUGUCUGUGUUUACGUUACAUGAAAGAAUGGUCUCAUUAUGAUUUAUAUUUGUAAAGCAUCGUACUGUGAGAAUGUAAGUCAGUAGAAAUUUGUAAUUUCACAGAUAUAUUGCGUAUAUUUAGAGUGCAUGACAAUAACUAGUGCUUUAAAAUUAUAUAUUACACAGUAGAUCUGUGGUUCACUGCAAUACAUAUAAUCCAAACUGCCGAUAGUACCUUUUUAUUAAAAAUAUGAUAAACACCAAUAAAAUAGUCAUGUAUUCUUAGCAUAAUAAGCAUUGUAUCGAUAUAAUAGAUGCACUUAAUGUCCGAUUAAGGUACCUACUUAUUAAAAAUAUACAAGACCUUGUUACAAAGUAUUCAUUCCUGUUGUUCAUUACUUACGAGUAAAGCAAAUAUAUCAUCACUAUAGUGUAUUGUAUAAGUAUGUACUAUACCUAGCUAUUCCAUUUUACGUUUUUACUUGCCAAGUAUUGUAUUAAUUUAGAAGCUGAUGUUUUGCAUUUUGCCCACUUGUGCUACAUCACGUGAGAAUGUUCCUACAUUAUGUUCGUUAUUUUCUCCAUGGUACAUUACUGUUUAUUAGAUGUAAGUAUCUAUUUAUUAUAGAUAUUGUAAGUAAAACGUAUGAGUCUGUACUUUUUCUUUGUGAAAGUCUGUAUAGUUUUUGUUAUUAUUUGCUAAUUAUGAAAUAAUUUAUGUAAGAUGUGAUAGCUUUACUUAGAGGCAAGUUUUAUUUAAAUACAAGUUAUUGUAAAUGUAUAA